UGCGUUUGUGGUUGAUUUUACGUCACAUAAAUCAGUCGAUUCACACAGAAAGCACGUUGAACCGGCAGCGCGCGCUCAAACAUGCUGUCAAAGUCGGCUAAAGGCGGGAUGUCCGUAUGUGGUUUAGCUUGUGUGUCAUGCUAACAUAACAUUUCAGGGUGUCGGUUCUGUUAUUGAGUAAAGAGCAACAUGCCGAUAUAAGAGUGAUACAUAAUACAUAUUAGAGUUACACACGAACCCGCUCUCUUAAUGACUCGAGAAGCUUGAACUAACUACUCAAACCUUCCUCCGGACUACAAAUCAUUCUGGUUCCGGUCUCAUCUGGGGCUUCCGUACUGUUUCCUGUAGUCUGUCGCGUUCCUCAGCACAUGAGUCCUUCACAGGGGGUUUGUAAAAGUCCUUCUUCACGGGCUCCGUUUAAAAGGCUGUUUUAAAUAAAUGGUUCCCUCCUGCUAACACGAGCAAUAUGUCACAGACAUCAGAGAUCAUGCGCAGCUGGGCACGUUAUCUCAUCUUCUUUCAAUACAUUGGAACAAAAUACAGUGGUGCGGUCAAAGUGCCUCCACAUCAGCUGUGUAAGAAAGGCGUCCAGGAUCACUUGGAGGAUGCUAUAAGGGCGCUGAAGCCGAUCAACCAGGUGUCUCUCUCAGUCUCCAGCAGGACAGACACAGGUGUCCAUGCCCUCUGUAACUCCGCCCACUUUGACCUCCAACGUAGGAACGAUAUGCCGCCUUUCUCCGAAAAUGUUUUUGUUGACGCCCUGAAUUUCUACCUGAAGUCGGAGCAGAUCAGGGUCAACCGUGCCCACCGCGUGCCUGAUCAUUUCCAUGCCCGUUAUUGUGCCCAGUCUCGGACCUACGUCUACCGGAUAGCCCUGAGAACCAGCCACCGCUCUCUGCUUCCCCUCACAGAAAGCAAUCUCUGCUGGACCCUCCCCAACGCGGAGCUGGAUGUGGGAGCCAUGCGCGAGGCCGCCGCCCUGCUGGUCGGGGUUCACGACUUCAGCAGCUUCAGGGCAGUCAACUCUGACAUGCCUUUUAAAAGCCCUGUGAGGACGCUGAAUGUGGCCAGCAUACAGCGAGGAGACUCUUUCGCACAGUCACACUUCCACAGAGAGAUACCAUUCUGGGAGCUGACUUUUACAAGCAAAUCUUUUCUCUAUAAGCAGGUUCGGAGGAUGGCAGGGGCUCUAGUGGGAGUAGGCCAGGGGCGGCUCUCUGUGCCUCAGCUGAAGGAGGUACUGGAGGCUCGGGACUCUCUGGCCUUCCCGCAGGCCCUGGCUGCUCCGGCCCAUGGCCUCUUCCUCACCCAGGUGGAUUACAAAGAGACAGACCUGCAGCACUCACCACAGACAUCGGAGGAAUCAUCUAGUGGAAACUCGGAGGAUUGAUGCUACCUCACUCAGUCACAUCGACAAAUGCUUGUGGCAGCUUUACUUCGAGUCAGUGGCUCCACACACAAAUAAACAUUAGAGCACAUACGGAUGGACAUCUACAUGUUCUUUUAAUCAACAUAUUAAGAAUACAUAACUGUGUCCAUGAAUGCAGCUCAGCUACAGAAUACCACACACCUUGAACCUAUCAGUGUCUACACAUGACCUUCAGGUUACAACAGACAACUUGCUUCAAGCCUAGUUAGGCAGUAUUACUCCUAUGUAUACAUGUAUGAACUGGGUUUUGGUAGGUUCUGACAUUUAUCAAACAAGGUAUACAACAGGUGGAGAAGAGUGUUACGUUCUGUAGCAAAAACUGCUGUGUGUGUUUGUGUGUGUGUCCAUGGCUCUCAUACAGUGGUAUUACAUUAUGGAUCAACAAAGUGCACACACUCUCACUGAUGAUGUAUACAUCCAAAUGUCCAAAUAAAACUGCAUACGCUGCUUCUUCACAGACCA